AUGAUACCUGCCGGAGAUGAAGGACCCAACUCUCCAUUUAACAUGUCCAUUGAUCUUGAUGAUCAGCCAAAUGGCUCCAUUGGAUUUGUCCUGGCUGAGGGCAACGCCAUUGUACGGUGCCACUGGGACACAAGUUCCGUAAAUGAACGGCGACCAGACGUUGGCGUCCUUGUGUCCUUGGUAUACCGAUGGAAUGGCACUGUAGUAGGUGAUUUGCUGGUUGUGGUAGGUGGCGUAGACGUCCAUUUUCUCGUAGUAAAUGCCGAUUCUGGAAUUAGGGUUCCGGGAGUUGAUGGUGACUUGAAUGCUGGUAGAGAUGACGUUAGGGGACGAGACGUUGAGGCCGAAGAUGGUGGCAUCUUGGAGGUGCAUUUAUCCUCCGCCAUGAUUCUAGUGGUGGUGGCGGCGCUGGUCGAGGAUGUGGCGGUUGAAGGUGGAGUUGAGUUCUAA